AUGCUGCAUCAGUAUGUUGGCCAAUUUGGUGAAAAGCUGGUCCGCAGGCGUCCACUGGAGCUCAGGGCGGAGAGACCCAGAACUUAUCUUAACACCCUCGACCUGGUGGCCUUGGGUGUGGGCAGCACCCUGGGAGCUGGCGUGUACAUCUUGACUGGUGAAUUAGCCAAAGUGAGAGCUGGACCAGCGACCGUCAUCUGCUUCCUGGUGGCCGCCCUGUCUUGUGUGAUGUCUAGUCUCUGCUUUGCUGAGUUUGGGGCCCGGGUACCACGCUCUGGUACUGCGUAUCUCUACAUCUACAUCACUGUGGGACAAUUGUGUGCCUUCAUCAUUGGCUGGAACCUCAUCCUGUCCUAUGUCAUUGCCACCUCCUGUGUGUCCAGGGCCUGGAGCUAUGUCUUUGACAACCUGAUUGGGAACCACAUCUCUCAGGUGUUACAGGAGACUUUCUCUCUGCAAAUGCCCUACUUCUUGGCCAGGUAUCCAGAUUUUUUUGCCCUGGGCCUGGUACUCCUGUUAACAGGACUGCAGGUUCUGGGAGCUCGUGAGUCAGCCCUGAUUAAUAAAGUGUUCACAGGCAUCAACAUUUUGGUUCUCAGCUUCAUCAUCCUCUCUGGCUUCAUUAAGGGAGACCUGCACAACUGGAAGCUCACGGAACAGGACUACACAUUGAACACGUCUGCAUCCAGUGACAUCUCUAGCUUGGGUCCUCUGGGUUCUGGAGGGUUUGUACCCUUUGAUUAUGAAGGGAUUCUCCACGGAGCAGCUACAUGUUUCUAUGCAUUUCUUGGCUUUGAUUCCAUUGCUACUAGAGGGGAAGAAGCUCUAAAUCCUGAUCGUUCCAUCCCUUUGGGCAUCAUGAUCACGCUCUUCAUCUGUUUUUUGGUGUAUUUUGGUGUCUCGGCAUCACUCACUCUCAUGGUGCCCUACUACCUGAUUCAUCCUGCAAGCCCCUUUCCACAGGCUUUUCUCCACAUUGGCUGGGAUGCUGCCAGAUAUGUCAUAAUUGUUGGCACCCUCUGUGCUCUUACAUCCAGCCUCCUGGGUACCAUGUUCACCACGCCUCGGCUGAUCUGUACAAUGGCAGAGGACGGGCUCCUUUUCCGGGGACUUGUCUGGAUCCAUGAUGGCACAGGCACCCCCGUCACAGCCAUCAUGGCCUCUGGGAACCUUGCAGGGAUCAUGGCAUUACUUUUUGAGUUCAGGGAUCUUGUGGACCUUGUGUCAAUCAGGACCCUGUUUGUUUACUUGCUGGUGGCUCUUUCUGGUCUUGUCCUCAGGUACCAGCAAGAUCAGAAUUUAAGCAAGCAGGAGAAAACAGAGGAGAAAAUUGAGAUGAAGCCUGAUGUUGAAGGAAGUCCUUUGGAAUCUGUACCUGAAAGAGGAACAUCAAACAUUCUGAAGAGUCUGUGUGACCCUAUCAGCACCAUCCCCACCCAGAAAUCUGGCCAGAUUGUCUAUGGAUGUGCCUUCCUGCUUGUUCUCCUGCUGACCAUCCUGAGCCUGAUCCUGGCCCAGUGGCCCAGCCAGGUGUUCUCUGGAGACCCCGUGCUCACAACAGUGGCUGUGCUGCUGCUGCUGCUCAUCACUGGGGUCACAGUCAUCAUCUGGAGGCAGCAGAGCCCCACUCACCUUUAUUUUAAGGUCCCUGCUCUGCCUGUCCUCCCACUGGUGAGCAUCUUUCUGAACAUUUACCUGAUGAUGCAGAUGACCUCUGGGGCCUGGGCCCAGUUUGGCAUCUGGAUGAUGAUUGGAUUUGCCAUAUACUUUGGACAUGGGAUCCGACACAGCUUGGAGGAGAAUGAUGAGCCACAGCCACCAGCCUCCACCUCCCAGACUCUUGACAAAAACAUAUCAUGA